GAGUAGUAGGUUUUAAUGAUGCUAUGAAAGUUACUGUAUUAUCAGGCAAAAUGGGAGGAAGAGACAAAUAUCGUGAAGUAAAAAUAGGUACAGCACAGGCUUCUAUGAAAGCGCUCAUAUAUGAAAAAUUUAAUACUAUAGAUACUUCAGAAACAUAUGAAAAAAGAAUUCGACCACAUGUGGAUGACAUGCCAUAUGCAGAUGCAUUAACUAUUCUUUUAAACCAUCUACCAGAAAAUUUGAAAAUAAGGAUAAGAAUAUCAAAUCCUGUAGAUCUAAAUGUAUUUUUUACCGAACUUAAAAACAAAUGGUUAGAGGCUGGAGGACCUUUUAUGACCACGCAAGCUAUACAGUAA